GUGACUUCAUGGCUUGGUCGGCUACCUAGCGCGAGCAGUCUCUCUAAAAUGGUGGAAGUUACGCCUUUGUUAGGACAAGGAAACAAAUGGCGUGAGGGUUAAAAACAAACGCUCUCUGUCGUGUCGUUUAAUGCACGCAACAACACACCAUGCGCCCACUGUUACUGUAUGCACGAUGCAUUUGGGACAAACUUGCGCGAGCGUUUGCAUGCACUUCGCUCACAUACAUACAGCGCGCGAGAUGUACCUGGGAAAUGGGGAGUCGGGUUAAGUGGACGUGAAUCUAUACAGACUGGGGGUUGGGUGUGCUGUGCCGAUUGGUCGCUUUCACCAGCACAGAGACACACGCACACAGGCAGGCAGUCAGAUCAGGGCUUGUUUUAACACACAUACACACUCAUACACAUACACACACACGCGCAAGGGCACUCUGCAAGCGGGGCAAACAAUCAUGUAUUUCAAUUGAAAUCGUGGCCGCUGAGAAACGUGCUUUCGAUGCAUUGACGGGGGCACGAGGUAGAUGCUUCGGUGGAGAGUGACAGCCGUCCCGGUUCAUUCUCGUUCAUGUAUUAGUCUCUGUUUUCUUAUGUUGGCGAGUGGAGAGGGAGAGAGAAAUGUGUGCCGAGGCCGGGCCUACUGGUGCAAAUGCUGCUGGGAUUGUGCAGAUGCGCUUUCACAAAUUGACCAAAAGUAAAGCUACAUGCUCGAACUUGAAGGGCUUUCCGGUGGUUUUGUCGUGACCGAGACGUAAAUGGAUGGAGCCAUGACAGCAUGAAUCACUCAUACAAAGUGGCUGCUGGCAAGGAUGGCACAGAAUGUCGUGGCCACCCACAGGAGUCCAAGGCAAUUGAUAGCCGCAUCAGCUCCUGUGGACACCAGAGCACGAAAAGACAGGGGGACCAGGGGUCUGGCAUGCAUUUCAAACUCUCUGCAUCCUCAUUUUCGUACGAUCAGAGAGAAUCCACCUCCACCUACAGCCCGCUGAGAAAACUUCAGGAUCUGACCAGCAUGGUUAAUCGUGCUGAUGUGAGUUUGCAGGAUAAGGACUUCCACGGGCGGAAUAAAUUGCUAAUGCACAAUCCCAUUGACGGCAGUGAGUUCGGAAUAGGCCUCUACCGCACGCCCAAUUCCCAAGGAAACACUGACAGGACUGCUGUUCACGAUCUGGACAAAAAUGGUUUCUCACCUGUGAGCUCAGACAGCUUGGAACACUUUCCAUCCAUCCCAAAUGGAUUUUUGCAUUUCGAGUCAACGCUGUUUGACAGCGGGGACAGCAAGGAUGAUGAUGAUAGGGGAGAUGGAGUUGCACCAUUUAAAGAAUCGUCAAAGCAUUGCCAGAAACGAGAUCUGGCAAAUACAAAGGUCCUGAGCAGGCUGGACCUAAGUACAAACAAACAUGGAAGUUGUAAACUUGUUGCUAAAAAUAUGGUGAAGUCUGACCCUCCUGCUAGUCCCUCACAUUUGCCUGUUGAAGUCAUGAUGGAAGAUUUUGAUAGUAUGGAUGAUUAUUCAGACAGUGACUGCGAUCUGCCCAGCACUGGGAAUUAUGCUUCAAUAUUUAACUCUGGACUCUCUAAAAAAACAAGUUCACCCAGUGACUCCCAUUCAAAUACUUCCAACAGCCCAAAGAAGAAGCAGCUCCCUGGUAUAAAAUACUCUGUUGGAGAUGUUGUAUGGGCCAAAUUCAACCGUAGACCCUGGUGGCCCUGUCAAGUAACAACUGAUCCACAGAUUGAAGUCCACACCAAAAUGAAAGAUCCCAGUCGUCGGCCAUGCCGCCUUUAUUAUGUCAGGAUGUUUGGGGAGAUCAUAGACCAAGCAUGGGUCCCAGCAAAAGCCACUUUUCCUUUUGUAGGAGGUCAUGAAUUUAACAAACUCCCUGUACUGAGACGGAGAGGAAGACAAAAGGAUAAAGAUUAUAAAUACACGGUUCCUAAACGUCUAAUGCCAACAUGGAAAGCUAGUGUCUCGGAGGCAGAAGCAGCAUUGUCCAAACGGUUAAAUAGUGACCCUCCAUUGACUUUCACUCGGGAUGUACACACACCUAUUUCAGAAGACAAGGCACCUAAAAGUCCCUCUUGCUCAAGGUCUGUUACACUAUCCACAACAUCAAGCUCACUUUUGUCCAAUGGACUGGAUCCAUCCAUCAAGAGCAUAAACAAACCCAGCACUAGAAGCAAAAAGAAGCCUACUACUAGGAAGAAUAGCUCAACUGUAAACACUCCUGUAAAAACGAACAACAGCUCUUUCUCAAAAUUAUUGUCGAACCCUUUAUCAGACAGCUACAAACCUUCUAAAGUGGUUGAAAAGCACAAACUCGACCCCGUAGAUAGUCCGUAUUCAGAUAUUGACUCUGUACCAAGGAUUCUGUGCCCCAAACGUUCAGAGGAAUCACCGCAAAAAGAGGUGGUGAAAGAAUCAAGCACUAAACCCAAGAAAGAACAGCCAAGUAAAAAGACAAAAAAAGCCAGCUCGGACAAGACACUGAUAAGGGCAGGGUCUGGUUCAAAAUGCACAACAAACAGCAAGCUAAAGAAGUCAACGCCAAAAGACAAAAUGCUGACGGCUACAAACUCUAGACAGAAGGGUAGCAGAUCCCCAGAGUCGUCUGAUGGGUCUUUUGCCAUGCACUCGAUCUAUCUGCCUGCCAGCAGUGGCUUAAUGUCUAGAGCACUUGCCGCCAAUGAAGAAACUGAAGAGAAAGCCAUUGAACACUUAAGUCAGGAGCCAAAGUCUCCAUCAACAUGUGCUGGGGAUGACCACUUUCACAAGUGUACAUCCCCAAAUGACCAUCCAGAGUUCUCAAAUCAGCAUUGGCAGGUCAAAACGGACACCACAGAAGAUUCCACAGACACAUCAUCCCCGAACACACCACCAAACCCAACUCUUCUUAAAUUUACGAGAAUCCGAACUAAGAAAAAUGGCAUUCAGAAUGGACCUCGAAUUAAAGGCAAAUUUAGAGGUCCUAAGUCAGAGGUCACUGAACCCCCAAUCAAUUCUGUUAAAAUCAAAAACGAGAAUGUAUUCUCUGACAUAUCAUCUUCGUCCACCCCAUCACCCGCGACCUCUCCCAUGGAUGCUUUCCAAGAUAUGAAGGAGCUUUCUUUCAGGUCUCUUGUCAAAGAGGAAUGCAGCUCAGGAGAGCCUUCCCUCCGUGCAGAUGCGAAUUACAAAUUCAGCACUUUCCUAAUGCUCCUCAAGGACAUUCAUGACAGCCGAGAGAAGGAUGGGAAACCUUUAACCCUCCCUCCUGCCUCUCCAUCAUCUCUCAUCAGGGAAGAACCUUCUCUCAUACCCUCAGGAGAGGACACAUCUACUGAUGUGCUUUGUGAAAAGGAAUGGACAACAGUUGUGGAUCAGAAUAGUCAGCAGGGAAAGAUGUCAACACCUAACAGCAGCUCUAAACAGAGCAAGGCCAAGCCGAAAUCGGCAGUGAAAAAGGAGACACAAAAACAUGGAGGAAACAAUUUACACUCUCCACUGAAGAAGGAGAACUCAUCAGGAGGUUUUGAUGCACUUGAAAAGGGGGUGCCCCUAUUAGGGGAACUCUCUAACUCUUGCCUUGAUGCUGUUCCUGAUGUCUGUGGCAAGGGCACCGUCUCCAAGGUCGCUCCUAAAAAGCGAUGGCAAACAUUUGAAUCUGACAUAGUGAAAAGCACCAAGCCGAAGAACGAUCUGCAUGGUCUGAAUCAGGAUGUAGUUAAUGUGUCCACAGAGGUAAAUGGAGUCUUCAAAGAUAGUGUUCAAGAAACUCCACAUUCUGACAUCCCAGAUAAAAAAGAUGGUUCAGAAAACAAAAGACUUCGAAAACCAAGUAAGAGACUGAUUGAAUGCAGUGAAGAAUAUGAACAGAUAAUUACUUUAAAAAAGAAAACAAAGAAAACCCCAGAGGCCUCAAAAACGAAGGAAUCUUGGAUUGCUAACACUAACUCUGCACAGACACCAUCAGAACAGAUUGCACCUGAUGCUUUAAGUUUACCACCUGAAAAACCAUCCGAGCAGUGCACACCAGAAGAGCAGAAACAACCACCAGAUGGUCUUGUCCCAACUUCAACACUAUUAUCAGCAUCCUGCGGAGUGUCCUCGCUGAACACAGAGUCAUGUGAAAAGAAACCUGAGAGAAGAAGGCCACGUAAGACUGCACACAAAGUUAUAGACUGCUCUUUUGAGGAGGACUCUGUAAAGAUCCCAAAGAAAAGGGAUAGUAACCCACAAGGUAGCAGCCCAGAAGAAUCGUUUAUCAAAGAUUUACAGAAUCAGGAAGUGCCUGAACCUACUCCAUCAACUCCGUUUGCUGUAUCAGUGGAAGUGCAAAAUGAAGGUGAAACAAGAACAUCAUCCCCAAUCCAACAUGACACACCCACUGUCUGUGAGACGCAGCUGGAAGUAGAACAGUGCAGCCCAUCAAAACACAUAGCAAAGGAGCCACUCACCAACGGCGAGGAGUCCCUAAACUCUGAGGUUUUUGGUGCAGGAUUCAAUGACUCCUUAUCAAGUGACUCAGGAUGGUCAACCAAUAGAAAAUCAGGGGAGAGGGGCGGAGGUGCAUCUUUGAAGGAGAAUGUCUGCCAGGUAUGCGAGAAGACUGGUGAGCUGCUCCUUUGUGAAGGGCAGUGCUGUGGUGCCUUCCAUCUGCAGUGUAUCGGCCUCAUUGAGACACCUAAAGGCCGCUUUAUCUGUCAAGAGUGCAAGACAGGUGUGCACACAUGUUUUGUGUGUAACAAGCCUGAUAAGGAGGUCAGAAGGUGUAUGAUUCCUGUAUGUGGGAAGUUUUAUCACAUGGAGUGCAUUAUGAAACAUUCCCCCACAGUUGCUCAGAACCGCGGGUUUCGCUGCUCCCUGCACGUCUGUCUGGCCUGCUACAUCACCAACCCCGCCAACCCGAGCAUCUCCAAAGGCCGUCUGACCCGCUGUGUGCGUUGUCCUGUGGCCUACCACGCCAAUGACUACUGUAUGGCUGCUGGCAGCAUCCCAUUGGCUAAUAACAGCUUUGUGUGCCCUAACCAUUUCGCUCCACGCAAAGGAUGUAAAAACCACGAGCACAUUAACGUCAGCUGGUGUUUUGUGUGUUCUGAAGGAGGAAGUCUUCUCUGCUGUGAAUCCUGUCCUGCUGCCUUUCACCGCGAGUGUCUGAACAUCGACAUGCCCCAGGGCAGCUGGUUCUGUAACGACUGUCGAGCUGGAAAGAAACCCCACUACAAGGACAUUCUUUGGGUGAAAGUGGGCCGCUACAGGUGGUGGCCCGCUGAAGUGACUCAACCAAAGAGCGUUCCUGAGAAAAUCUUCCGCAUGAAGCAUGAGGUGGGGGAGUUCCCUGUGCACUUCUUUGGCUCUAAAGACUACGUGUGGACGUACCAGGCCCGCUGUUUCCCAUAUAUGGAGGGGGACUCCAACAAUAAGGAAAAAAUGGGAAAGGGUGCAGAUGCCAUAUACAAGAAAGCUUUAAAUGAAGCAGCUGACAGGUUCAGGGAACUGCAGGCUGAGAAGGAGAUGAGACAACUACAAGAGGACAGAAAGAAUGACAAGAAACCUCCUCCAUACAAACACAUCAAGGUGAACCGUCCUAUAGGGAAAGUGCAAAUCAUCACAGCAGAUCUGUCUGAGAUACCGCGCUGUAACUGUAAAGCAACAGAUGAGAACCCGUGCGGCAUUGACUCGGAGUGCAUCAAUCGCAUGCUGAUGUACGAGUGUCACCCUCAAGUGUGUCCAGCCGGGGAGCGCUGUCAGAACCAGUGCUUCACCAAACGCGAGUACACAGAGGUGGAGAUCUUCAGGACACUGUCACGAGGGUGGGGCUUACGCAGUGUGUCAGACAUCAAGAAGGGAGCGUUUGUGAAUGAAUACGUGGGGGAGGUCAUUGAUGAAGAAGAGUGUCGCUCCAGAAUCAAACACGCACAGGAAAACGACAUCUGUAACUUCUACAUGCUCACACUGGAUAAGGAUCGCAUCAUUGAUGCCGGGCCCAAGGGAAACCAAGCACGUUUUAUGAACCACAGCUGCCAGCCCAACUGCGAGACACAGAAGUGGACGGUGAAUGGAGACACUAGAGUCGGGCUGUUUGCAUUAGAGGACAUCCCGACAGGAGUGGAACUCACUUUUAAUUAUAACUUGGAGUGUCUGGGUAACGGAAAAACGGUGUGUAAAUGUGGGGCAUCUAACUGCAGUGGAUUCCUUGGUGUCAGACCAAAGAAUCAGCCCUCAUCUGACGAUAAGGCACGAAAGCUGAAGAAGAAGGCUGCAGUGAAGCGCAAGAGUCAGUUGGAGGUCACCAAGGAGAGAGAGGAUGAAUGUUUCUACUGUGGAGAUGGAGGGCAGAUUGUGUCAUGUAAGAAGCCCGGCUGCCCUAAAGUCUACCAUGCCGACUGUCUGACUCUGUCCAAGAGACCUGCAGGCCGUUGGGAGUGUCCGUGGCAUCAGUGUAAUGAAUGCGGAAGGGAGGCUGCAUCCUACUGCGAGAUGUGUCCGAACUCUUACUGCAAACAGCACCGUGACGGCAUGCUCUUUAUCUCCAAACUGGACGGCAAGCUCUCCUGCAGCGAGCACGACCCCUGCGGCCCCGAUCCUCUGGAACCAGGUGAGAUUCGCGAAUACAUGCCCAGUACGCCCAUCUUACACCCACCGGCCAAUGUGGCAGGCCUUUCCACAGUCAGGAUACCCCAACCAGCCCUGCCACCUGCUGCUCCGCUCUUCAUCCCUGCCCCUAACAGACCCACCUACACAGUCCAAACAGAACCGUAUGCAGACGAGGUGCUGGACAACCUGCUCUUGCCGUCCUCCUCCUCUUGUGAAAACAUAAAAGAGGAGGAUAUGAGUGAUGAAGGGGAGGUGGUGGAAGGGUUGAUAGAAGAUGAAGGAGAAGACGAAGGGUUGGAGGUGGUGGAUGAUGAUGUUGAUGAUGAUGAUGAUGAUGAUGAUGAUGAUGAAGAAAUGGACUGGAAUGGAGGACUGGGCUUGGAGGACGAGGAGGAAGAGGAGGUGGACAGAGGGGGCUUUGAGGAUGACUGGGCAGAUGAAUGUGAGGAUGAGGACUUAGAUGACACUGAGGACUUGGUGGAAGUGGAAGAGGAAGACCAGGAAUCAUGGGAUGAGGUCAUUGAAGGAGAAAAGUGACAUUUUGCAUCUCCAUCUUGCACACAAAAUUUCUCUUUACAGGGAGAAUAUACUGGUGCUCAUCCAGUUGGUGCCCGUGCUGAAUGCAAAGCAACUUUUGACAGCAAAGAACAUGUGCGAUAUUCUUAAGUUCAUAUUGGAAUCAGCUUGCCUUCUCAACCCAAGUCCUCUUUGAAAAGUGCAUAAAGGGGGUUAGACCUGGUGCUGUGGGACUGUGACCACUCAGUCCUUUCGUUGGUAUAUAGUGUCUGGUGCUCUUUUGUGCUUUUUUUGUUUGUUUGUUUUCCUCCAACUGUUUACAUUCUCUAAUCCAAACAGAAUGGAUGAUCUUAAGUAAGGCAGAAAUGGGGCAGCAUCAUGCCACCAACCACACUGCACUGUCUUAAAGACAUAGUUCACCCAAAAAUGAAAAUUCUCUCAUCAUUUACUCACACUCAUUCCAUCCCAGAUGUGUAUGACUUUCUUUCUUCUGAAGAACACAAAUGAAGAUUUUUAGAAGAAUAUUUCAGCUCUGUAGGUCCAUACAAUGCAAGUGGUGACCAGAACUUUGAAGCACAAAAAAGCACAUAAAGGCAGCAUAAAAGUAAUACGACUCCAGUGUUUAAAUCCAUGUCUUAUGAUAGGUGUGGGUGAAAAACAGAUCAAUAUUUGUCUUUUUUUAAAUUUUUAUUUUACAAUAAAUCUGCACUUUCACAUUCUUCUUUUGUUUUUGAUCAAUUGCUUUGUGCAUAUCGCCACCUAUUGGGCAGGGAGGAGAAUUUAUAGUAAAAAGGAUUUAAAUAUUGAUCUGUUUCUCACCCACACCCAUCAUAUCGCUUCUGAAGACAUGGAUUUAACCACUGGAGUUGUAUGGAUUACUUUUGUGCUGCCUUUAUGUGCUUUUAGGAGCUUUAGAGAUUUGGAAUCUGUUGAAUUGCAUUGUGUGGACCUACAGAGCUGAAAUAUUUUCCUAAAAAUCUUUGUUUUGUGGAAAGAAAGUCAUACACAUUUGGGAUGGCAUGAGGGCGAUUAAAUAAUGAGAGAAUUUUCAUUUUGGGGUGAACUAUUUCUUUAAGAAGCAAGACAACGCACAGAUAUUGAUCAUGCUUAUGGUUUACCCAGCAAUUUAUUUAAAAGUAUGUCCAAUAAUUUCUUGUAAAAGAAGAAAGGAUCAAAGCAAAGCAGUUAAAAACUAACCUGGUCUUCUCACUUUAUGGGGUAUAAAGCUCAUGAUUAAAGGAAUAGUUCAACCAGAAUCUUCAUGUAUGCUGUUUUUGCCCCGUGGAGCAUAAAAGGAGAAAUUUAAAAGAUUGUACACAUUCCUUUUACCAUAUAAUGACUCAUGCACUACAUUUCAAGUCUUCUGAAGUUAUACGAUAGCUUUGUGCGAGAAAAUUGACUUACAGCACAUAAGUUGUGUGGACUGCUUUUACGGUGUUUAACCUUUUUCUUGCUUGACAGUCAUGGUCACUAUGAACUGUUGUAUGGACAAGAUGAGUGUGUACAUUCUUCAAAAUUUAUUUUGUGCGCCACUGAAAAAAGCAACAGCAGAUGAGUUUAGAACAACAUGAGUAAAUAAUGACAACAUUUUCUGUUUUGGGUGAACCAUUCCUUUCAAGUGACUCAGUAGCCACAAAAUAUGACUUUAAAUUCUUCAAGGGACCUCGUCCCGUUACUUGAAAUGAUUAUUCUCUGUACUCUUCAGAUCAGCACUCCUCAGUGGAUACACGAGAGAUGGCUGAUGGAGAAUAUUCAGACGGGUUUUGGUGUACAUCUACAGAGUGUACUUUUGAGAGAAAAAAAAAAGACUGCUACUGUCAAAAAAAAAAAAAAAAACAAUGAAAAGAAAAUAUGGCAUUCCAAGCAGCAUUGUGCACAUUGUUACAUUUGUUUUUGUGAAACCUGUCGUUUGACUUUACAGCAACUUCUGUUAUCGUGAGUGGAGGAACAGUCAAGACUAAAGAAACCGAGUGGUUUUGGGUUUUUGUCAAUUCUAGAGGAGUGAUUGUAAUACCUGGGCGUCCUUUCAUUCUCUGUGUGGCCUUUUACUCUCGAGGCUUUUAGGAAAGAAGAGUUUGUCCUUUUUAGAUAGGCGUGAUGUUGCAUGAGGUUGUGCUUUCCUUUGUUACUGAAUAUUG